UGUGAAACCGAAGUAGUGCCUCAGACACGGGGAGGUCCCUGGUCUCUUUAUGCUUCUCACACCUCCUCAUCGAAUCUUGUAGUGAAUGCAGAACCUUUACAUUUCCUGUUGAUUGAAGAGUUUAGAAGUAAAAAGCUGUAUCUCAUGUCAGCAUGUCUUGUGCUUUUGCCUGGCUCAUCCUUGCUCUCUCUCACACAGCCCUAGCUGGGAAAGGGGUGAACAGACUAGUGCGCCUAAAGGCAGGUGAAUCUUUCACCAUCAGCUGCAACCCCAUGGUAAAGCCACAAGAGUCCCUAAUCCUGCAUGCUCGCCUGGAUAAAAAUGACACAGACGUGUUAUUCCUUGAUCUGAACAAAAAGACACUCAUCGCAAGAUCUGUACUCACACACAGACUGAAAUACACAGAGAAUGGAGACCGUCACACUUUGUUGAUCACCAUUUCAAACCUGACGGUAGAGGACACAAAUAUCUACUGGUGUGAGUACAGCCGUUUUGAUCCAAAUGAUGGAAAUGUCCUCAUUACAGACGGUGGAGAGUCUGUUCUGCUGGUGGUGGACAGUACGUGUCCUGCUGCAGAACAAUGGGAUGGCACUGCGGCUUCAUCUUUAAACAUGUAUUUGCUCUUUGGGUUGGCCUCAAUCUUCUGCACACUGCUCUUGAUUGGUCUCAUCGUCUACAUCUGCCCCAAGAAAAAGGCCAAACGGGCCAAGAAGAGAGUGCCCCAAACUAGGACGAAUGAUGUCUACGAGGAAAUGCGGGCCACAAUCAGACGUUAGAGAUCAUACAGGAGACAUCUCGAUGUCAGCCAAAACCUUCAGUUGCCUGGCGCAACACAGUGGUUUAGCAUUAACUAUCAAAAUCUUCCUCAAAAGUAUGUUCUCAUGUACUGGAGUCAUCUAGGGCAGUGGUUUUCAAACUAUGGUGGUAUGCGUGCCCCUUUCUAGUGGUACGCAGAGGAAUUUCAGAAUCAUUUAAAUAUCUUAACAAUGAUAUAAUUGAAAAUGUGAUUUAAAAUAAUUUUUGCCUUCCCUACAAUAUUUUAGUUUCAAAACAAAAAUAAAUGUUGGCAUGCGCUACUACCUGACUGUUCCCAGGUAGUGGUGCAUGCAAACAUCCAAGAUAGUGCGUGAACUGUGUGUAGUAACUGUGUAAGUACUCUGCUACAAUAGGGUAGGCUUACGCUACUGUCGGUCAUAAUGGUGGUACUUGGAGAGUCAAAUAUUUUCUGAGGUGGUACAGGGUGUAAAAAGCCACUACUGAUCUAGUGUAAUGGAGCGUAGAUGUGUCUGCAAAUAAGGAAGCACGUGAAUGGAAUGGAAUUAUCUGUAUAUGGCUUGUGUUUUGACACAGUGUAUCUUUUCUCUGAUUGAAUAUCUUGAAUUUGUUUUGACUGUAUUGCUAUUUUCUCAUAAACCAUUAUAUGUUUGUAUAUAUUAAAAUCAAUUCUCACCAAACGUCAUUUUUGGUCUGCCAUCAAGUGUUGUACAUCAGUAUCAAAAGUACACAGCACAAGCACAGGACACACUAGGUUAUGAAAGCACCUAUCUGCAUGUUAAAGCUGUCACAGUACACUCCUGCCAUGCAGAUGGCACAGGGUUGUGCUUCAUUUAAGUCAACUCAGGCUUACUCAAAAUGUCAAAAUGCAAAUAGCAUGAAUCUAUUGCUUAUUAACAUGUUUAUUUUACUUGUUUUUUGUUCCCACUCACCGUUUCAUUAAUAAAUGAUAAUUACAGUU